AUGGCAAAGGACCAAUCUGGAACAAUACCAAUAAGAAUUAAAAAAAUCAAAUUACAAGAUGAAAAUGGAGAUGUUUCUGGUAGAUUACAAGUUUGUGGACAAUUUCAAAUGUUGAUGAUUACAAAUUCUUCAACUGGAAGUGAAAGAGUAUUUCCAAAAGGAUCGGUUAAAAAAUCAGAAUCUUUGAAAAAGGCAGCCAAAAGAGAAACUAUGGAAGAAUGUGGAAUCAAAGGAAAGAUUUUAAAUAGAGAACCACCGAUUGUAGUGACUGAUACAUCAAAAGGAUCAAUCAUCCAUUACUAUCCAAUGUUGGUCACAAAAAAGAAAAAAGAAUGGGAUGAAAUGGACAAGAGACAAAGAAUUUGGGUACCACUAGACCAAUGCCUAUCGCAAUCUGAUCAACUACAAUUCAAACCUUAUAUUCACCAAGCUAUUCUAUCUUUGGCAAGAUUUAUAUCAACCAUUCCAAGUUGUACAAAUAUUAAUGUUCAAACUCCAAUGAACCCAGACGAAUGGAAACAAACAAAGAAAAUGGUAGAAAAAUAUUUAUUAUUUGAUCCAACCAAACAACAAAAAAAACAACAAAAAAAAGACAAACAAGAUCAAGAGGACAAUAGUAAUAAACAAUCAAGUAGUAAUGAGAGUGGUGGGAUUAUUGUAUCUCCAACUACUGCUUAA